UUCCUUCAUAUUCGUAUACGUCUAAGAACAAAUCAGAUAAUUUUUUGCGAUUGAUUUAUGAAAAUUUUUUCCAUAUUUAUUAGAACGCUAAAAUAAGAAUGAAAAAUCUGAAAAAGACAAACAAAAAAGGGCAAGCAAUAAGAAAGGAUAAGCAACAAAUGGAAGAGAAUGUAUUUUAUAGUAAAACGUGUGUUACCAGAAGUAUCAAAUUUGCUGCCAAACAACCAAGUAAAGAAGACCUUCAACUAUUGGAUAGUGAGAAAUUUUCUUAUUUUUUAGCAACGAUAUUAGCAAGAGACAGAGAAGUGGUAGCAGUAAACAUGACUAUUACACCAAUCAAGUGCAAAGUUUACAUCGCUAAGAAUGGUCCUUGGUCUCAAAAAGAUAAGGAUUUUAUUAAAAAGAUUGAAAAAACGUUGAUAAAAAUAUCUAAAGACGCUCCUAUAUCUAAUCAGAUUUAUGAAAGAGAUGAUAUAAAGGAAUUAUAUUUGGCUACAAUGAAGCACUGUUCUCAUAAGCUUGGCCAUAGAUUGAACAAACUUAGGACUGAUAUAACAAAUGGGAUGAGCGAAAUGUACAUCAAGUCUUUCUUGGAAUAUGCUCAAAAUGAAGGUAUUUCUAUAGAUGAUAUAUUUGAUGAUAAGAAACGACCAUCUAUGUCUAGUUUUUGUAAUGAGUAUUAUCAAGUCACAAAAAAUGAUCCUAAUGCUCCGAAAGUAUUUUUAAGACAUAUCAAAAAGGUGGGAUCCUAUAUCUCGCAUUUAACGGAAAUCAUAGAUUGCGCAUGUAAAGGCAAGUACAAGGAUCUAUUUUCUUCUAUUGAAACGAAUUUAUUGGAUUUUUGUGAAGAAAUGCAACCGAUAUCUUCAUGGAAGACUAUUGUCAUGAAAUAUAUUUCUGAUGAAAAGUAUGAAGAUUUCAAGAACACAUGUUUGGAAAUUCGUGAAAUAAAGUCAAGACUGGAAGAUAUAUAUGGUGGCAUAAAUAAGCAAUUAGAAAGUAAUAAUUUUAAUCACACAUAUUUGCACGCGGAGUUGAACGUAUUGACCAAAUUAAUGGAUAUUGAUAAAGGAAGUCAAGGAAGAAAAUUUAUAGCAGUCUCCAAGAAAUGCUGUUAUUUAUGUAGAUUAUAUAUCAAAUUUAUACAAUCAAAAGGACAUAAAUUUGUCAUUUUUGGAUCACAUAAUAAGUUAUACCAUAAAUGGCAACUUCCAAUUCCUUUCAGGAAAGAUUUCAUUCCACAUGCUUCAUUUUAUCUCGAUGAAAUCAUAGAAAAUGAAAUAAAUCACCUUACUAGUUUACGUGCUACAUCUGAUAGUGAUCCGGAAAGUGAGAAUCGAGAUUAUAAAAAGAUUAGAUUUGUUCGUAAGAUGGAACUUAGUGAAGAGGAUCUCUAAAUGUUAAAUAUAGGUAAAAAGUAUAGCUGCGUCAAUAAAAUUAUAAAAAUUAGC